GGGUUAGGUUAGAUGACAACCAACCAACGCCUCUAGCGGUAGCGAUUUAUUCCGGAGUUUGGAGUUCGCGCGGAUCUUCGUGUUAAAAUCCUCUUAAAGGAAAAAGAAAUUGGCAAAGAUUAUACCGGCAUUGUUUUUCUCGCCAUGGAGUUGACAUCGUUGACGAAACACCUGAACACGAUCAAUAUCCCGCGGAAGAGUGACAGGAUAUACAAGGAUGAGUGCGUUUACUCCUUCGAUACACCAGAUUCGCCCACCGGUUUGUACGUUAGUCUCACGUCUUUCCUAGGCUUGGGCCAGGACCAUGUCAUGUGGUACUACAAUAAGUCAUCGAAUCCUGUGUUUCUUCAUAUUAAACGUACAAAGAAAGAGAUUCCAUCUGACGAACAAGGAGAUGGACCUGAAAAAAAAAUUACACGGCUAGCAAUAGGAACAGCUGGUGGAUUCAUGCCUGAUCAACAGAAAUAUACUUAUGAUGAGGAGUAUAAUAUUAUCAUUCUACCUGAUUUCUUGUCCAUUCCUUAUCCUUCAAAUAAUUUACCUGAGAAGGUGGAACUUGCAGUCAAAACUAUAAUACAAAUGGAAAGUGCAUGGGCAGUAGCGCAAGUAGAAGCUGUAGCCAAUACAUGGGAUGGAGAGGUCAGAUCAGAAUCAAAACAUGCCGCGAAUUUGAAACAAUUAGACAACGGUAAGAAGAUCCCGCCGAGUGGUUGGAAAUGCGAGAAAUGUGAUCUUACGCAAAAUCUUUGGCUGAACCUGACAGACGGCAGCAUACUCUGCGGUCGCAAGUUUUACGACGGAAGUGGCGGCAAUGGCCACGCAGUCGAACGCUACCGCACGACGGGUUAUCCGCUGGCCGUGAAACUAGGCACGAUUACGAAGGGUGGCAAAGCCGAUGUAUACUCGUAUGACGAAGACGACAUGGUGGACGAUCCGAAUUUGACAGCGCAUCUGUCGCAUUGGGGUAUCAAUAUUGCGCAGAUGGAAAAAACGGAUAAGUCGAUGAUCGAGCUGGAAUUGGAUCUCAAUCAAAAGUUUGGCGAGUGGGUGUCUCUGCAGGAAGCUGCCAGUAAGCUUACACCGUUAUACGGCCCUGGCUAUACCGGAUUAAUCAAUCUGGGGAAUUCUUGUUACCUGAACAGCGUUAUGCAAAUGUUAUUCAUUAUUCCUGAUUUUAUCAAAAGAUAUGAGAAGAAAGCAUUGCAGAUAUUUCAGCAAAAUUGGCAUGAUCCAGCAUCCGACGUUAAUGUUCAGAUGGCGAAACUGGGCUUUGGCUUACUUUCUGGCAAAUAUUCAGAACCACCGAGUAAAUCUAGCACAGAUAAUGAAUCACAGCAAGGUAUUCCCCCGCGUAUGUUUAAAGUCUUGAUUGGUCGAGGACAUCCCGGCUUCUUUUCGAAUCGGCAACAGGACGCUCAGGAAUUCCUUCUUUACCUGAUUAAUUUACUCAAUCGCAACAGUCGGCACGAGGUUUGUCCCACGGAAUGCUUUAGAUUUAAAGUGGAGGAGAGAUAUCAGUGUAGCAAAUCUUGUAAAGUUAAAUAUACUUUACGACCGGAAUAUAUUCUGCCGCUGCCAAUACCGCUGGAGGCUGCGGUGAACAAGGACGAAGUGGCUGCCUACGAGGCCCAGAAAAAGGAAGCUGAAGCAAAAGGACAAAAGUUAGAUUCUAAUACUAUCGUAAGGCCCCGUAUAAAAUUGUCGUCGUGCCUCGAAAGUUUUAGUCGUUCGGAAAUUGUGGAACAGUUUUAUAGUUCGGCUUUGAACGAGAAGACGACAGCACACAAAACUACCAGAUUAGCUAGCUUCCCGGAUUAUUUAUUAAUCCAUCUAAAGAAAUUUACGGUGAAGGAAGAUUGGACGCCUAUUAAGCUAGACGUAGCGGUAGAGAUGCCGGACACGGUAGAUUUGAAAUUCUUGCGCGGAACCGGCUUGCAAACCGAUGAGCAAUUAUUGCCGGACGGCGUGACACCGCCUCCGCCUGUUUAUAAUGCGGUUCUCCUUGAACAACUAACAGAUAUGGGUUUUCCUCCGAAUGCGUGCAAACGAGCAUUGUACUUCACCGAGAAUCGUGACCUUGAGGCUGCGACCAAUUGGGUGAUGGAGCACAUCGCAGAUUCCGAUUUCGAUGAACCGUUUGUGCCACCGGGAGUUGAUCUCAAACAGAACGAAGAUACUUUUGUGCCGGAUCAAUCUGCUUUGGAGAGUGUAAUGGCCAUGGGUUUUACACGUGAGCAAGCGACAAAAGCGCUCAAAGCGACCAAUAACGACUUGGUGCGCGCGGGUGAUUGGAUUUUCAAUCAUCCGGCCGAACUCGAUGCCCAGGAAACGGAUUCUAUUGCGACGCCAAAGGUGGAGGAGUUUAGAGAUGGAAGCAGUCAAUACAAAUUAGUGGGUUUCAUAUCACAUAUGGGCACAUCGACAAUGGUAGGCCAUUAUGUUUGUCAUUUAUUGAAGGAAGAUCGAUGGGUGAUAUUUAACGAUGAAAAAGUUGCUUUAUCUGAAAACCCACCGAAAGAAUUAGGAUAUAUAUACAUGUAUCAACGGAUCCACACGGUUCCACAGUGAUCCAUGUAGUGUGCUUUUCUUUUGUAUAAAGAUAUAUUGCUUUUUUAACAAUAAAGAAUGAUACAAUUGCUCUUUAUAUUAUGUAUAUAUUGAAUAUAAUGAAAGUGCGCGUAA